GUUUAUGAACCCUAACAACAUGGAUUCUGAAUCUGAAGGGCGACAGUGUAGUUGAGAGGCUGAGAUCGAGCCUUUGAGUAGGGAAUCGCAGCGAAGUCCACAAUGCCCAAGCAAAUUCAUGAGAUUAAAGACUUCCUUCUCACUGCGAGGAGGAAGGACGCACGCUCCGUGAAGAUAAAGCGUAGCAAAGAUGUGGUGAAGUUCAAGGUUCGUUGCUCCAAGUACCUGUACACCCUCUGUGUGUUUGACUCUGAGAAGGCUGAUAAGUUGAAGCAAUCACUUCCUCCGGGUUUAAGUGUGCAGGACGUGUGAUUCCUUACUGGUAGUAGAUGGAGGUCAAGUUUUGCUUUAGAUUUGGAAUCCAUAUUUAGUCAAACGGCUCAGAGAUUGUUCUUUUUGUUGUUCCGUUUGGGAUUCAUGUUAGUAUUUUGUUUGAGACAGAUCCAACGUCCUUCGGAAUUAUGUGGCUAUUUUAUUCGACCUCGUUAAGUUAAUAUUAAAACAUUUUCAGUGGUUUCUCCGUUCUGCAUUUUGGCAAAGUGGAGAAUAGGAUCCUUCUUUAUACAACACAUUUCUUUUUCCUCG